CACCUCCGGUUCUUUGGUGGAGCUCAGGGAGGGACUGGGAUUCGGGUUGGCACCGGGAAGGCGUGCUUUUGCACGCUCCGAAGGGAUGAUGGGAGGCUCAAGCUGUUUGGCUGCAGAGAAGUGGAGCCUGUGGCUGGAAAAGAGCCGUGCGCUGGCCGCAGCAGCUGCUGCCUUGUCUGGCUUGCACAGAGUGACUCGCCGUUCCUACGUCCUGCUGUCAGGAACUUCCCUUCUCUGUUUCCUGUGCCUUGUCCCCCGCUGAUCUUGUGGACCUUGGAUGCCGAUAAAAGUUAAGAUGAAACUGAUCAUUCUAGAGAAUUAUGCUCAGGCCAGUGAAUGGGCUGCAAAGUAUAUUAGGAAUCGAAUCAUCCAGUUUAACCCUGGUCCAAGCAAAUACUUCACCCUUGGGCUUCCCACUGGAAGUACUCCAUUAGGAUGCUACAAAAAGCUAAUAGAAUAUUGCAAGAAUGGAGAUCUCUCUUUCAAAUAUGUAAAAACCUUCAAUAUGGAUGAAUAUGUGGGUCUGCCAAGAGAUCACCCAGAAAGUUAUCACUCCUUCAUGUGGAACAACUUUUUCAAGCACAUUGACAUCUCCUCUGAAAACACUCAUAUUCUGGAUGGAAAUGCAGCUGACCUGCAAGCUGAGUGUGAGGCUUUUGAAAAAAAAAUCAAAGCAGCUGGAGGAAUUGAACUCUUUGUUGGAGGUAUUGGCCCAGAUGGUCACAUUGCUUUCAAUGAGCCAGGCUCGAGCCUGGUGUCCAGAACCAGAGUGAAGACCUUGGCUAUGGACACAAUCUUAGCUAAUGCCAGGUUCUUUGAUGGGGACCUUGCUAAAGUACCCACUAUGGCUCUCACAGUUGGAGUGGGUACAGUCAUGGAUGCCCGAGAGGUUAUGAUUCUAAUAACAGGAGCUCAUAAAGCAUUUGCUUUGUAUAAAGCGAUUGAGGAAGGAGUAAACCAUAUGUGGACAGUGUCUGCUUUUCAGCAACAUCCCCGUACCGUCUUUGUAUGUGAUGAGGAUGCCACUCUGGAACUUAAAGUAAAAACAGUGAAGUACUUCCAAGGUUUGAUGCUUGUUCAUAACAAACUUGUGGACCCAUUAUACAGUAUAAAGGAAGUGGGAGCAGAAAAAAGCCAGUCCAAGAAACCAUACAGUGAUUAGAGUCUUUGGAUAACUGGCUAAAUAGAGCCUUUUGCUGAAGAAUUAUGAGUGAAGGCUACUUUGAACCAGCUCUUGCAUCUUGUUAAAAGUUGACAGAGAAACUCAUUACUGAACUCCAUUACUGGAUAUUUCCCAUGGACUUAAAACCAAGCUGAAGUGGACUAGCCAUGUCAAGCAUUCCUCAGUGGCACUGCAAGCUAGUAUCAGCCCUCUGCCAUUUUAGUAACCAAGGUGAAAUGGGAAGCAAUGGAGGCUGUUAAUUCUUCUCAACAGAUCAUGGUAUGUACUCUUACAGGUUUACUGGGCAGAAGUAUUUUUCUUAAUGUACUGUAUUUGAAUCACAAAAAUAUAACAUCAAUCGAGAGCUGAGUGUUCAAGAUCAGAUGAAGCUUUGCUACUAAUGUGAUUUUCUACAUUAAAGACAAAUGUUUUCCAAAACAGAA